CAAGUUACUGCUUGCUCCCACAAACUCCCAUAAACAGAAUUUAUUAAGACGCUGUAGACGAUUGUGAACAAAUUUGUUUGUAUUUGUUUUUGUAAAUGUGUUUGUGUCUAAAAACAUUUUUUAUUUUGUCAUGUUUUUAAUAAGUUGUGUUGUGGAGUGAUGGAGUUCAUUUGUGUGACUCUGAUGAUUAUUAUUGGAAUCACAGAUUCAACAGCAGAUCAGUUUGCUGUUGUUGGACCUGCAGCUCCUCUCCUUACUGCACCUGGUGAAGAUGUGAUUCUGCCCUGUUAUCUCAAACCCAACAUCAGUGCUGUAAACAUGAGAGUCGAGUGGUUUAGACUUGAUCUCAAAGACUCAGUAGUUCAUCUUUAUGAAGAUCAUGAAGAUAAAAACACAAAUCAGCUUCAGUUGUACAGAGGAAGAACUGAAGUGUUUAAAGAUGAACUACAGAAAGGAAACACAUCACUUAAACUCUCAAGAGUUAAAGUCUCUGAUGAAGGAUCUUAUAAGUGUUUUAUUGAGUAUAAAUCCUGGAGUGAUGACAUCACUGUUGAACUCAGAGUUAAAGCUGUAGGUAGUCCUCCACUCAUCACUAUAGAUGGAUUUGAUGGUUCUGGUGGACUUCAUCUUCAGUGUGAAUCUAAAGGUUGGUACCCUGAACCUGAACUUGUGUGGCUGGACAGUGAAGGAGUCACUUUGACAUCUGAAACUACAGACAAACAGAGAGAGACAGAUGGAUUCAGAGUGAAACACAUGAUCACUGUAUAUAACAGAGACAGUAAAUAUCACUGUAGAGUCAAACUGAGACAUCACAUGAUGGAGACUGAGAUUAUUACAUCAAGUAAAAUGUUGAACUCUUGGAGGACAUUAAUGAUCUUGAUUUCUGUUGGAUCUGUGCUUGGUGUGAUCGCUGUAAUAUUGAUCGCUGUGUUCAUCUAUAGACACAGAGAACGUCAAACACUUUCACUGGCUGUAGAAACUGUGAAAUCACUGUUAAGAAAAUAUGCAGUGAAUGUGACUCUGGAUCCUGAUUCAGCUCAUCCAGAUCUCAUUGUGUCUGAUGACGGGAAACAAGUGAGAUAUAAACAACAAUCAAGAACAGUGAAGCAUUUAGUUCAGAAGUCAAAUAAGAAGUUUGAUUAUCGUACAUGUGUUCUUGGAAAUGAAGGAUUCACCUCAGGGUGUUUUUACUAUAAGGUGGAGGUGAAGGGGUUAAGUGAGUGGUUUGUGGGUGUGGCCAGAGAAUCUGUUAGGAGGAAGGGGUGGAUCCUGCUGAAUCCUCAGAAUGGAUUCUGGAUGGCUAGUUUGACAGAUGGAGAGUAUCGGGCUAGUGAGGGUACUUCAUCUGUUUCUCUUCCCCUGAGUGUGAAGCCUCAGAGAGUCGGGGUGUUUGUGGAUUAUGAGGAGGGUCGAGUCUCUUUUUAUGAUGUGGAGUCUAUGUGUCAUAUCUACUCUUUUACUGAUCAAUCUUUUAAUGAGAAACUAUAUCCUGUUUUGUCUUUAAGUGAUAUUUAUUCUAGAAACUCCUCAAAAGCACCACUCAUCAUCUGCAGUGAUCUCUAAUGAAAUCUGAUAAAUAUCUGAUCUAAAAAUAUAAAUCCUCUCUGGAGAGUAAAUCAAACCCAUUAGAAGAGAUUCAUUUGUAAAGGUAUUAUACACAGUUAUGUGUGUAAUUUUAAUGAACAUAUAUAACAUAUGUGUACGUGUGAUGCUGUAUAUCAAGCCAAACACAUGAAUUACAAUCACUAGUUUUGUCAUUCACACCAGACUUUAUCUCAUUUGUUCUAAUGGCCACCAAACUGUUGUGGUUUUAUGUUCAAGACCCCUUCAAGGUUUGUAAACAUUGAAUGACUAUCGGGUGCGCGCGCAGUAUGGGGUCAAACUGUUCAUACCAUCCAGGCUUUAUAAUUUAAUCUAACAGGGCUGAAAAAUGAUGACUUACCUUAAAUGAAGUGAGGACUACAAACACAAACCUCUUUGAUAUUUGCAUUGUCUCAGUCUGCACGUUAAUUGCUUGCAGCCGCAGAUGUUGUAUUUUUUGGUUUUGAGAUUCUGCAUGAAUCGUGAAAACUUAACGGAAGACCUGACGCGAUUUUCACAGCCCACGGCGUAAGUAGGCAUUUUUGAUACUGAAUAAUACGCAACUCAAUCUGCUGUAAUGGCUUUUCUGACCCCGACAUGCGCAGUGUUCCGCCUGUGACGUGAACCGUGAAGGGGUCUAUAUGUGAUCCAGUCUGUGAAAACUCAACUAAAGUCAUUGAAUUGAUGUCUAUAAAACUGCAGUGGAAAGAUUUGUUAGCUGUUGUGAUAAGAAUACUUUCAGAUUAAUGUUAAUAAAACUGAGGAGGUCAUCGCAGACCCCAGAUCAGUGGGGUACAGGAGCUCUGUUGUUGUUCCCAGUCAGGACAUUAAUCAGGUUUAAUUUAGGGGUCCACAUCAACAGCAAGCUUCAGUGGCAUAAAGUGUUUGUAUACAAGAGUUCAAGAGUGUCUACACUUUUAAUUAUGAUUGUUUAUAGUGAGCAUUUAUGUUCUGUAUAUAUUUUAUAAAGCUACAAUAGAGUUUAUUUUGUGAUCUGAAAGUAUUGUCUGGUUUGGGAGUCUAAUGUUUAAAAUAAAAACUCAAAUAAAGAAUCUGCUGAAUGUCAGGGAAAAUCAUUAAAAAACAAAAGCUCAGUUUCUUAUAAGAUAUUUUUGAGCAGUCCACACAUAAAACAGAUUCAUAAGAUCUUAAUAAACUCUUUACAUGUGUUAAACUCUGAGUGAUGUGUAAGAAAUUUCAGGGUCCUGUUGUGUAGAAAAAAAUCAAUAUAAAUAUUCAUUCAUUUCACUGUAACACUGAUAAUAGACUUAUAAACUAAAGGCUGUGUGAUUUGAUCUUUUAGUAAUGCUUUAUGAUGGUAUUGUUUUUUUAAGGAAUGUGAUGCUGAUGUAUGUGUGAUAAUAGGAUAAUGUUUGUAUGAUGUCAUUUGAAAUCAUGUGCAAAAUAGUACAUGAAGAGAUGUUUGUAACUGUAUGCUUCUUAUUUUGAUACUCUUGCUUUGCAUUUACUUUUUUUAAUCAGAAUGUUCCAUGACACCUCAUAAGUCUAAUUUUGCAAGAAUCGAUCUACGAGAUCUAGUAUGAGUUUUAAAAGUCAAAGAAAAAAAAAUACUUUGUAGAUGAAUGUAGAAACUUCUCUUAAGAUCAACACAGC